CUGGACCUUCCACUGCAUCCAGGUCCCGGCCACUACAACAUCUUAUCAAGCAACCAUGCAGUCUGCCGAUGCAAAGCUGAACAGAAACUCCCUGUUGCUGGCACUGAGGUGCUACAGCGCAGCAGUUCACAACAUGGAGCAGACGGUCCUGCUUCCCAGCCUCCUGAGAGACGUGCCGUACGACGACGGCGAUGAUCUGCACUGCGAGGCUGCCGAAAACAGCAGAGAUCUCUAUGAGAACUACCUACAGCUAAAAGCCAUCAGGAACACAGUGGAGUGCGGGCUCAUCCCUCACGAUGACGCCAAGGGUAAGAGUCACGCAGCCCUGUACAAAGGCCUGGAGCCCCUGAUGGAGGCCGACCCAGAGGUGCUGUUUCAUUUCCAUCUCAGAGGCCUGUUUACAGUCAUGGCUAACCUCACGAAGAAGUCUCAGAGCCUGACGAAGAAAUACUUGGGCAUCAUUGGGGUCAGCCGUUAGGAAACUGCUGCUGAAGAUUAACAUCUCGAGGAUUUUGUCUUUAUCAGAAAAAUUUAUCCGGAACGCGGUUUACAUUUUCACGCACUUUUUAAAUGUGACAUGCAGGAAAAUGUAUGAAAUUAUAUAAAGUCAUUUUUGCACUUUAUUCAACUGAAAAUUGCGUUCCUGAAGCUCAAUUGGUAAAGCAUUGCGUUGGCGGCGCAAAGGUCAUGGGUUUAAUCCCCAGGGAACACAGAUACUAGAAAUGAAGACUGAAUUCACUGUAAGAUGCUUUGGCUGAAGGUGUCUGCCAGAUGCAUAAAUGUAAAGAAAUCCUAUUCCUGAUGUAGUAUUAAUGUUGGCAAUAUCUGUAAAUGAAAAUGUCUAAAUUUGCCAAGUCUGAAAAACUGCCUUUGCACAUGUAAAAUUACUAAUUCUUAAACAGGCACCUGCUUAUGAACUUCUGUUAAUAAAUAAGCUUCAAAUUA